CGGAAUGAAAAAGUGAUACGCUGCAGAACGGCCUCCGAGGGCCGCGGGGCGGGGGAGGGGGGCAGAGAUUGAGGAAGAAAAUGGCGAGUCGUGGGAGUUGCGUGGAGAAAGCGGCUUUCCUCUGCGCCUUCCUGCUGGCUACUUGGAGCCUGGCGUCCUGCGCCCAAGCGGAGCCGGAGGAGGAAGGGCGAGACGACCAGCGCUCCUGUCACGGGGCCUUCGAUCUCUACUUCGUCCUGGAUAAGUCUGGAAGCGUCAGAAACCACUGGACAGAGAUCUACUCUUUUGUCGAGAGCCUGGCUGAGAAGUUUAUAAGUCCAAUGCUGCGCAUGUCCUUCAUUGUCUUUUCCUCGCGAGGCACUACGAUCAUGAAGCUAACAGAAGACAGGGAAGCCAUAAGACGGGGGCUUGAGAUUCUUCAGUCUGAAAUGCCUGGAGGAGACACAUUCAUGCAUGAAGGAUUUAAAAGGGCAAACGAACAGAUUUACCAUGAAAACUAUGGAGGACUCCGGACAGCUAGUGUGAUUAUUGCUCUGACAGAUGGGGAAUUGCAAGAGGUUCAGUUUUAUUAUGCAGAAAAAGAAGCCGACAGAGCCAGAAGCCUCGGCGCUAUCGUUUAUUGUGUUGGAGUGAAAGACUUUAAUGAAACUCAGCUGUCUACAAUUGCUGACAGCAUUGAUCACGUUUUCCCGGUAACGGGCGGCUUUUAUGCCCUAAGAGGCACUAUUGAUUCGAUUCUGAAGAAAUCCUGUAUUGAGAUCCUGGCAGCUGAACCAUCCAGUGUCUGUGCAGGAGAAUCCUUUCAAGUUGUGGUAAGAGGAAAUGGCUUUUAUCAUGCAAGAAACAUCGAUCAAGUUCUCUGCAGCUUCAAGAUCAAUGACACCAUAACAAUCAAUGAAAAACCGACUAUUGUGCAAGACACCUAUUUACUUUGCCCUGCACCAGUAAUAGAAGACAUUGGACAGGUGGUUUUCCUCCAAGUCAGCAUGAACAGCGGGCUAACGUUCAUCUCCAGCUCUGUCAGCAUCACCAGCACACAGUGUCUCAGUGGGACGAUCCUUUUCAUCGCACUCUUAAUUCUGUUCCUGUUGCUGGCUUUGGCGCUGCUUUGGUGGUUCUGGCCUUUGUGCUGCACGGUGGUCAUCAAGGAGCCUCCACCACCGCCCCCCCCAGAGCCUGAAUCGGAUGAUGAAGAUGGAUUGCCAAAGAAAAAGUGGCCAACCGUGGAUGCAUCUUAUUAUGGAGGCAGAGGUGUUGGUGGAAUUAAGAGGAUGGAGGUGAGGUGGGGAGACAAAGGAUCAACGGAGGAAGGGGCCAAAUUAGAGAAGCCCAAAAACGCCGUCAUCAAAUUGCCAGAGCAGGAGUAUGAGCCGUGGGAGCCCAAGCCGAAGAAACACAAUGUGAGGAAGCCACCUUCCCAGAGGAAGUGGUACACUCCAAUCAAGGGCAAACUUGAUGCGUUAUGGGCUCUGGUUCGACGAGGCUACGAUCAAGUCUCUCUUAUGAGACCACAGCCAGGGGAUAAGGGGCGAUGCAUAAACUUCACCCGGGUGAAAUCAGACGUAAGCACCACCCCAUACCGCCCGCCGCCGAAGCACGACGCCACCCCCCUCAACAACGCUCCGAGAAGCACCUCGCCUUCGGCCUCUCUGCAGCCUCCUUCCAGGCAGCCGCCUACUGGACCACCCCCAUCCCGAGUGCCCCCGGGACCUCCUCCGGCGCGCCCGCCCCCACAACCCCUGGCUUAGAGUGCGGCAAAAACCAAGAUUGCUCUCUGCUGAGCAAGGCAUAUUUAUUGAGGCUUGGUUUACAGUCGAAAGAUAGCGAAAUUUGUUGCUGGUCAGCAAAAAAAAAAAAUUGCCAAGUGUCAGUUUUACUGUAUAAAUAUAUUUAUGCCACACGUGCUGAGUAAACAUUCAGUGGAUAAUUCUGGAGCUACUGGAUGUAGAACAAAACCGAAACAAUCAUCUAGACACAGUAGCAGUGUUUAUAUAGUUAUAUAUACACACGCACACACAUUCUUCAGAUUUAUCCACACGUGACGUUUGUAUGACAUUAUAUGUCCUAUCAUACAUGAAAACCCAAGCCAGAUACACAUGCAUCAGUCAGUUGAAAGGUGCCACCUGCAAAUAAGUUGGGUAGACGUAGGGAAUUGAAAGUUGCUCUUCUCCCCACAAACACAACGUGAACAGGGAGCUGUGAUUACAAGAGAGCAUUCUCCUUGGUUUGUUCUGCAGGGGGGAUUUCCCUGGGUAAUGAUAACAGAGCAAGGUGAGCUAUUCACCAUGCAGUUCCAGUGAUUUAGGGUGUAGAAUCUGCCCUGUGUUGUUUUUUUUUCC